AUGAAUGUCCAUUAUAUUAAUAUGUUAUUGUUUGCAUUUCCAUUAAACAUAUUGGUAACAUUAUAUCAUGAGUAUAAUCAAAGGAACCAUAAAAGCGCCACAUUUCAUACAUCAAAUACAAAACCAACAAAAACACAUAGAACAUUAUGCGAAUGCGAAUCAUACUCACCAUCUAACUAUGAAAAUGACCCGGAAAUGAAAGAAAUAAUGGAAAUUUUUAAUCAUCAAACGUCUGAACGAUUUCGCGAAUAUGACGAAAGAGUGCAAAAUAAACGAAAACAAUGUAAAGAACAAUGUGAAAAAGAUAUACAAAAAAUUAUUUUAAAAGAUAAAAUAGAAAAACAAUUGGCACAACAAUUUUCCCCAUUGCAAACAAAUAUAGACACCAAUGACAUACCCACUUGUGUUUGUAAAAAAUCCUUAGCAGAUAAAACAGAAAAAGUUUGCCUUAACUGUGGAAAAACUAUGGGAGCGGUUGCACCUGCUUGGGGUCUGCUUAGUGGUUUGGGUUAUGCAGGAUGGUCACAUUACGUUGCUGCAAGCAUCCUUGAAGAGGGUAUAAAAAAAGGUAUAGAAGCGAGUUUAAUUAAAAUCACGGAAAUAGCAACACAUAUAUAUCAAGUUUCUACAGCUGAUAUACCCAAAAUUACUACGACACAAAUACUUUCCUCAGGUCACUUUACUAAUAAUGUAUCUUUUUUUGAUAUGGUUAAUUAUAUAAAUAAUUAUAUGUACAAUACAUUAGAAUCUGAGGGUUAUAGUCAAUUUUGCUGGGCCAUAUCUUCUAUGGCUUCUAGGAAACCGAUUACUGCCUUUAAUAAAACCUAUGCCAUAUAUUCAGAAGCAGUUACAAAAGCAGUUACUGGUGCUGAAAACGGUGUAAUUGCUGACUUAGCACCUUCUACUAGUAGUAUAACUACUACCAUAAUAGCUUCUAUUGUUGCAAUACUAGUUAUAGUUUUAGUUAUGGUAAUUAUUUAUUUAAUUUUACGUUAUCGAAGGAAAAAAAAAAUGAAGAAAAAAUUACAAUACGUAAAAUUAUUAAAGGAAUAG